AUGGCGGCCUUCGAAUUUCCCCAGUCUCUUGACAAGAGGAAUGGAGCUUGCUAUCAACGCGGUGCGUGGUACUGGUGGGGACGAUGGGUUCUCGCUGCCGUCGUCGUCGGCAUCACGCUCAUCUUCUUGUUGAUGUGCAUGAACGCUCGCCGUCGCAAGAGACGUGGUGUCCAACCCCUCUACGGCACGGGCUGGAUGGGCGGCAAUAAGCACAACCAGCAGGGCACGUACGCCUACAACCAACAGUACAACGGCCAGCAGCAGGGCUACGCCGGCUACCCCCAGCAGGGCGCCGACGGAUCCUACCCUGCCCCGCCGCCGGCUUACGGACAGGCCCAGCAGCACCCCCAGUACACCGGCACCACAUUCAACCCUAAUGACGGGUACUACGGCGGCCACAACGAGGGCAUCCAACUGCAGCAACCGCAGAACUCGUAUCAGCGCGACGUUUAUUCGCCGCCCGCAGGCCCGCCGCCUGGAAAGUGA